AUGCGUCUGUUGGUGUCAACCACUGCUGACGCCCUCGUGGCCUCAAUCCAGCCAGCUGCCCCGCCACCAUCCAGGCUGACUCGCAUUCAUGACCCCGAAAUACGCGACUACACAGUGCAGACUGUUGGGGCAGACAGGGUUGUCAGCGACCCCAGAAAACUCCACCUACUCGCCACCGCCAAAGAGUUGCACGAUGAUGCAGCAGCUGAAUUGUGUUCAGCUACACAGCCCUAA